GCGUAGGACAGCCGUGCGCGCCAAAAACUAUCACUCAUCUGUUACCGAAGUUUAGCUUUGACGUUUCUCAGCAAUGCCUCCAAUCGCGGUGGAGGACGGCGCUGCGCCGUCUGUGAAGGAAGAAAAAGAGAAGAAACCAGCGAAACAUGAACCCUCCGUCUUCGGAGGUUCCUGUUUCGCUGAUGAACUGAAGGUCUACUACGAGAAACUCUUCCCUGUGAAUAUUUUCUACAAGUGGCUGUCUUAUGGUAGAGAUCCAAGCGAGAGCUACUUCGUGAACAGAGAGUUCUCUUUCACCCUAGAAGGAGACCUGUACCUGCGAUUCCUGUCGUUCAAAGACCAAAAAAUGUUGAAGGCCGAACUUGUGAAGAACAACCCAAUCAAGAUUGAUCUGGGUGCAGUUUACGACAACAUCUCAGAUAAGCAGAACAGGAAGCCCCGCGAGAGAGAGUAUGUCUUGGAUAUUGACAUGACAGAUUUCGACGAUGUCCGUAUUUGCUGCAAGGAUGCCGAUAUCUGUCCGAGAUGUUGGCCUUUCAUGACGAUAGCGAUCCGAUGUCUUCAUGCAGCCCUGACCGAGGAUUUUGGAUUCCGCCACUUGCUCUGGGUGUAUUCCGGUCGUAGAGGGAUACAUUGUUGGGUGGCCGAUAGGAUUUCCCGGGAAAUGACUUCAUCGUGCCGAAACGGGCUCACAUCUUACCUCGAUGUGCUCACCGAGCCCAAUCCGAAGCGGCCGAAGAUUGUUUCGAAGAUCCAUCCUUUCAUGGAGAGAACACUGGUCAUACUACGAGAGUACGUGGAUGAUAUGGUAGUCUCAAAACAACGGUGGGCGGAUAGCACUGAGUGGUGGGUGAAGAUACUUCGCAUGUACAUGGACACCGAGAAAAGGGAUGAGCUUGAGAGCCGAAUCAUGGCGGAGGAAGAUGGCGCCACUCGAUGGGAAAUCUUUAAGACUGUAGUCGACCAGCAACAAAGCAAGAAGCACAGAUUCUACUUCGAGGAAGUACUCUUUCACUUGCUCUACCCGCGUCUGGAUGUCAACGUCUCAACUGGACUCAACCAUCUCCUGAAAGCCCCCUUCUGUCUGCACCCGAAAACCAACCGAGUGUGUGUUCCUAUCGACGUGGAACGCCUCGAGGAUUUCGAUCCGUUUAAAGUUCCAACCGGGAGCUCAUUGAUGGCAGAGCUCGAAAAUUACUCAAAAGACGACGACACACCUGAUUGCAAAAAAACCUCGCUGAGGCCUUAUGUGGAGCUAUUUGGGAGAUUCGUGAAGCGAUUGCUCGAGAAAGCCCCCAAACGUCCAGACGAUGUCGAUUUGGAAUUUUAAAGCCAACAAGAGUUCCACCAUUGAGAGAGCCUCUCUUCAUAUCGUUCGAGUCCACUCACCUAGUAAAUAAAUGAAGUCUCAAGAACCUA